AGCUCAAUUUAAAUGAAAAAAAGCAAUGAAACAUAAAUUACAAAAAAAGAUGGAUCCUUUAGAUAUAACAAUUCCGUCCAUAUCCAACGAGAUAACAAUCGGAGAUGCAACAUAUCUCAACAACGAGAUCCAACCUUGCAUUGAAAUCGAUACAAGUAGAGUAAACUUAUUGGAAAUCCCCGAUAAGCAAGUCGUUAAAAUCGAAUACAUGAUGGCAGAUGGUAACAUCACAAAUGAAUUUAUCGUCAAUAAUAAUUACAACGUUCUUUUGGACGAAAGCAAUAAUUAUUUGAACGUAAUUAACGCGGAAAACUUAAUUUACGCCGAAGCAGCCGGUGUUUCCUACAAAGUCAUUUCAAAUCAACCCUCAGAAAUAUCAAAGAUAUCAGAAAUGUCUGAAAUUUCAGAACCAGAGGAGAUGUCCACUUCGAUUAUCUCUGAAUCAAAUGGUAACGAAUCGGAACUAAUAGAAAUAAAACAAGAACCGAAUUCGUUGUCGAUUCCGUCGCCUCAAAGCGAAGAUGACCAAUCCGAAACCGAUUUGACCAGUUUAAAUUGGUUGCAUAACAUUACGAAUAUUAUGGCGGUUCCUAAUUUGCCGACACCGCCGGUUUCGCCUAAACCGAAAAAGAAAUCCGCCUCGAAUUCUAAUAACCAAGAGGAUCUUACCAUUAACAUAAAUUUUUAUAAGAAAAACGGCGAUAAGAAGCCUCCGUUUUCUUAUGCGACGCUGAUUUGUAUGGCUAUGGGGAAAAAUGGGAAUAAAAUGACUUUGAGCGCUAUUUAUCAUUGGAUAAGGGAGAAUUUUUUGUAUUAUAGAAAAGCACAUCCUAGUUGGCAGAAUUCAAUUCGACAUAAUCUCUCAUUAAACAAAUGUUUUGUAAAAGUGGCCCGUUCAAAAGACGAACCCGGUAAAGGCGGAUUUUGGCGAUUAGAUUUAGAACGUUUAGAAGAAUCGCGACGUUCAAAACGGCGCUCAAAUUUAACAGUUCGCGUCCCAAGAAAUCGACACCCCCAAGAAGUUUUAAAACCGAUUAAAAAACCCAAACGAUAUCGACCAUCUCAAUCAACGGGCGAAAGAAAACACAACAUUUUAUCGAACAUCUCAAUUUGUGGGGAGACAGAUAUCGAGAAUUGUGAGGCUUAUGUUAGGGAAAAAGCGGAGCGUGCACGGAAAGAAUCAAAAAUUGCCGCGAUGGUGGGUAAUUUAAAAAUGGAAAAUAAGAAAGGUACGAAAAAUGGUGAUGAAGAUGAUGAAGACAAGAUUAUUUUACCUUCGAUGCCGAAUCAAGGAGUUAUUAUCGAGCCGAUUAAUCAAAUGAUUAAUGAAGAUGAGUUAACUGGGUUAUUGAUCGCUCCGAACGGUUGGGAUGAGUGUCAAUUGGAAAUGUUGGAUUCAUUGUUGGACUCUUUGUAAGUAAAUAUAAAUGAGGUAAGUUUUAUUAAGGGGAUAAAUCAUUGAUGUUAUAUUUAUAACUUCGAUGAGGAAAAUAAAUGCCAAAAAAAAAUUAUACAAAGUCGAAAAAAAAACACAAUAAAAUUGUGUGUAUCACGUGUGUACAGUUUGCGCUUUGUUCUAAACUCUGGUAGAUUUUACUCUUCCGUCCAUGUCAAAUUGUAUUGAUCAAAAGAAAGUGAUUUUAAAUACUACGAUAUCUUAAAAAAAUAUCAUUGUAUUAUAUUUUUAAAGAAAACAUAGCUGUUAGUGUGAUAUUUGAAAUGAGAUCCGUCCAAAGAUCAUUAAAAAAAUAUUUCGUAGAUUAGAUUGGUAGAAAUAAGUAUUAAAUUUAAUAUAAGUGAACGAAAAAAUUUGACUUAUACUUUACAUGAAAAUGAAAACACAUUGUACCUAAUUUCUAGUCCGAUUUCUUUUCGUAACGCCUCAUAAAAUGAGGGGUGUUAAGUUUUGUGUGAUUAAUUUUAAGUUAAAAGUUUAAAGUAUCAAGGUGUAGUGGGUUUUGCUCAAAAGAAAAUUAAAAAUCUCAAUUUUUGCGAAUUACUCAAUCAAAAUAAAUCAAUAAAUAAACAUUUGUAACUUGUAGCAAUAUGUAUAUUGUUGUAUGGAUUUGUUUGUGAGAAAUAAAUAGAAGUGAAAAGCUUA